CACACUUUUGCCGAUUCUCAAUUCUCAUGAAAUGGGAUGCUGCUGCAACCCAGCAACAACGACCCAAUCCUAACCAUGCCACUCUUUUCCUCUGAUUUCUCCACCGACACCAUCUCGCCGAUGAACUCCAAUAUCUCCGCUCUCAAUUGCCGCGACACGCUGCGGCUCAUCUUUGAGAAGCUCUCUGUCACUGACCUUGCUCGUGCUAGCUGCGUGUGCAAGGCCUGGAACGCCGUGGCGUCGGGUGAUGAGAUGGUGGUGGGGGCUUUCAAGGCCCCCUGGAAGCUCAAGAAUGUCGUGGGGAGGCCGACUUCCCGAAGCUUCUGGAGAGACAAUGGAAUCGGCAAAUUCGCAAUCUCGCACCGGAUUUCAAGAGGGGAUUCCGUUGCCAGUCUCGCCGUCAAGUAUUCCGUUCAGGUUAUGGAUAUAAAACGCUUAAAUAAUAUGAUGAGUGACCACGGAAUCUAUUCAAGAGACAGGUUAUUAAUCCCUAUAAGCAAUGCGGACCUUCUACAAAAUUGCACAUGCUACAUAGAGAUGGAUACCUAUGCAAAGAGAGAAGUUGCAGUUCUGUAUCUCGAAGGCAGGCCUGACUGUAAGCCCGGACCUUUUCUGAACAAAGAUAACGCCACCUCCAAUGAGGGCAAGAGAAGGAUAAUCAACUCUUUAAGGCGAAGCAUGCAAGUUGAUGAUGGAACUGCUCAAUACUAUUUGUCAAUUUCCAAUGGCGACCCUCGGGCUGCACUCACAGAAUUCUCUUCAGACCUUAGGUGGGAAAGGCAGGCCGGCUUGACUUAGAUGGAAAUAGACAUGAAUCAUGACAUUGAAGGAUUGUAAUUAAUAAGAAAUAACCCAGAAAAUACCACUGGUAUAAUGUGUAGGGUUGUGGUCUCCUUCUUUUAGCAAGUGUUGAUAUUUUCUGUAGCAAUCAUUGUUGGCGUUGCUAGAACUAAUGUUAGUACCCGAUCAAUCUUUUAGCACAGACUGCUAUCAGUUUUAAUAAGAAACUGAGUUAAAGCUAGACUAGACAUACACAGGGUGACCAAUGGAAAAAAAAAAAAUGCUGCAAUCGUUG